AUGGCGGCCAUCGUCGCCGCGCCGCCUGUGCUUGCAGGAGAUCUUGCAGUGUACCACACGACCGAUCCGCUAUUGAGCAAUGCGCCUGUGCUUGUCCUCCACGGACCUUCCACAACCAUCGGCGCCACGAGCUCGCGCAUUCAGAUCCACAUCUUCACGCCCGCUGGCCUUGCGUCAUAUCCUCGACUCUCCGUUGCGCCGACUUCGCCCUUUUACUCAGCAGUCAGCAAUCUCCCGCGGGAAGAGCAGGGCGAUGAGGUGAUCCGAGGACUCGCUUUCGGACUCAAGAAAUACUUCGCGGAGCUUUCUGAUGCGGUCAAGUCGUCAUGGCGAUCACAGACGAGAGCAGCCGCGGUGGCGCGCUUGUUCGGCGACGAUCAUGUUGCGAUCCUGGCGACGCGGAUGACGAGGAUCGAAAAUGUGGACGAGGUCAUCAGGGAUCUCUCUCAGGCCUUUUGUGAGCAGCGCCUUUCCUGGUUGGACGUGGACGUGGUGCUGCCGGCUGGAAGCAUAGGACAACCCAGCGAGCAGGCAGAGGUAUCUGAUCACGGUGACGCGGAUGCGGAUGAGUUGGCAACGUUGAAGCAGAAAUUUGGACGUUAUGCGGAACUUGUCGCUUCUUUAGGUGCGCCAGCCUUUCUCCCGACAUCGAAAUUAAAGCGUGCGCCAUCAAAAGCCACUGCAAUUGGCAGAAGUGCAUCCUUCCUUCGUAUCAGUAAGGAGACUGUCAGGAAAGAGAUGGAUGAGCUUGUAACAACUGAGGAGAGCUACGUUGCUCGGCUGAGUGAGAUGCAGGAGAUGUCGAGCAAAUUGCAACUCGAAGCCUCUUCACAGGAAAAAGCGCAACUCGAUCAGAUACUGCCGUCGAGCCUCGAUCAAAUUCUCGAUCUAAACAAAUCCCUCCUGGCUGAGCUCAGAGAAGUGCUGGCGACCACAGAAAGUAGCGCUAUGAAGGACAUCCAGAGUACAUCAGACGACCAAACUCGAUCUGCGCAAUCUCAUCAAGAUUUACACGACGAUGCACAAGGUGUGGGAGCACUGUCUAAAUGCCUAUGUGAACAAUUCCCGAAAUUAGCAGACGCGUAUCAGGAGUACAUGAAAUCCCACGCCAAAGCCUCUCAGCUCCUGCGCUCUGUACUUCGAUCGAGUGACCAACUCUCGACUGCCUUCCAACAGAUUGGAGAACAACGCCUUACUUCACUACUGAUCGAACCCGUACAGCGCCUUCCGCGGUACAAUCUCUACAUUGACAGUAUUUCCAAGCAACUCCCUGUUAGGCAUCCGGCACUCAAAUCACUUUUGAAGGCACGCGACAUCAUCACAAAUAUUUGCGCUGAAGUCGAGGGCUCCGGUACUGCAGCAAUCUCUCAGCGCCUUGCUGCUCGAACUACAGGAUGGCCAGCAGACAUUUUGAUCACAGGCAGACUAGUGACAGCUGUUGACUGUAUCGAGUUGAUGCCGCCCUUCAGCGCCGACAGUGUAGAUGGGGUCACAAAGGUCAUAGUGCUCUUCACAGAUGCUCUCGUCAUCUUGGAGAAAUCCUCUGGGUCAACGACGUCUGCUCGUGCAUUGAUCACCGAGUUGGAGAGUGGCAGCGGACCUGUAUCGGCUGCAAAGGUUGGGACCACUGAUGGGCAGGAUUUUAUCUUUCAGCGAAUUAUCGAACCAGCUGCUCUGCAGUGCAGUGAACUGCUUGACGGCCGCGCCCUUCAACUCCUCACCUUCGAUGCCAUAGUGGACGACAACAGAUCAGCAUCGCAAUCUCCCCUCACGACAACGGGCGAGAUCCUGCGUCUCGAAGGUACAUAUGAAGGCAAAGCCCCUCGAUUCGUGGAGGAGUUCAGCAAAGCACAAACAGAGCCACGGUUUAGCGAGCCUGAACGUGAGAGCGCAAAAUGGGAAUUUCGUGCGACUGAAGUUCUGCCGGAUACUCUCGGUUUGUUCGGGGCCGUAUUCGAGAACUCUAAUGCAGAGCAUAUGAAAGCGAGGAAGGGCAAUGCGGCCACUCGCGUGAUCGUAGACAUCGAUCGGCACAGUGAUCGGCCGCGCGCAGGUCAACAGGACAUCCGUACUGUCAUAGCCCUUUCUUUGACGCGCGAAGGGGUCUGGCGAAUGACUGUGGAUGCCCUUGAUGGGAGCUUCAACCAGGAGCUUCUCGACAUCGAUGACAUUGUGCCGUCAAUACGUCGAAAGCUUGCGGCUCUGCUGGCCUCACGUCUGUCUAUUGACCAGGAAGAGCUGACUGAGGCUGCUCAAUCGUCAUCACGCGAACGCGCACGUUCAAGAUCACCACGAAAGCUCAUCUCCAAUUUCCUCUCUAGUGUCGGACCCGGUAGCGAAGCACCGACAUUGCUCAAGAGAGAUGCCCCGGUAUUAGCAAUGCCGUCUCAGCUUCCUCGUGUGCCUUCAUCUACUGCUUCCAAACCACCCAGUCGUGAAUCCCGACCCACGUCCCGUGAUCUUCCUACUUCGAAACAUUCAUCAACGGCACGCGUGGAACAGAUCACUGCCUCGACACCUGCACAAAAAUUGGAGAACACGCUAUCAUCCUAUAUUCUUGCUCUGCAAGCUCGAAAGGGCAACAUAGUUGGUCGCAAUCUCAAAAUGCGCGCAACCGCCGGCGAACUCGCCGUGAAUGAGUUGUACAAUGGCCUGCUAGAGGAUCCUCAGACGAUGUCAUUGGCUGCGCAGGUAUCUGUCGAUGUGCUCUUUGCUGCAUUUGAGAAGUUUGUCAACAUCGCUUGGAAACAGCAAUUCGGCGCGGUCGUGCCAACCACGACUAUGCAGAACCUUCAACAAAAGGCAGAAACCAUGUUUCCUGUGGACUUUGACGCUUACAUGCGGGCGAGCAUCGGCGAACUUCCGCCACAGAAUCAGCGUGCUUUCAAGAACAUUAUCAAUCUGUUGGCUGACUUGUUGGACGGGACUGGAAAUGAUGGGGAUCGUGGAAGUCUAACUGUGGCAUUUGCGGAGGUUCUGGUGACUGAUGGCGAACCUCAUGAUUAUAUUGCGCUCAUCGACCGCUUCGUCGACGACACGGAGACGUAUUUUGGCGAGUCGUUGGCGGAGAUCCAGAAGCUUCACGAGCAUGACACACUCGGCCAACAUAAGCGCACCAGGACCGCCAAUUCUCCCUCGCUCAGCAGCAACCAUUCUUCUCUGCGAAAGAAGUUCGGAUUUGGAUCUUUGGGUCGCGAGAACAGCAAAUCGGAGCUCGAAUCCAAGGUCUCGUCGGUAUGGCGCACUCUGAGCAAAAGUGGCCGAAGCGAUGCAAGCCCUGGCAGCAGCAUCUCGCGUGGCUCACACGCUCGGCAUGCUUCUGUUGACAGCGAGAGUCGAGCUCUGUCUUCUCGUCCGUCCUCACAAGACGGCAACAAGUCGAUAACGUUCAGCGAAGGUCACUCAAGCCAUAGUCUGGGGCUGUCUACGAUUGGUGAGCAUCCCAGUUUCAUCCCCACAGGACCUCCACGCAAGAAGCGGCGUAGUUCGCUGUCAGAUCUGCUCCCUCAGGAGAAUUCUCCGAAGCGUGAGCCUCGGUCUCCGUCGACUGAUGUGCAGCAGCCAGCGGGCCAGCCUACUGGUACGCCAGCCAAAUCACUUCGUAUGUCGCCACCACCUGUGAUGCCUCUUGUGCGCAUGGGAAGCACACGCAUGAAUACGCCUUCGCGAAUGCCGCGUCCUCAGCUGCCUGCAUCUUUCCGAAAGGAGCUCUCGCCAGGAGCGACAAAACCCGCAAGUGCGAACAGUCUACGACCAAGAAGCAAAGACGGCCGGGUGGACGAAGUUAUCAUAUCUACACGACAAAGCUCGGGUAAGCCUGCCUCACCUGUCAAGGGCGUUACUUCUAUAGACGAACGAAGUGGUCUCGCAGAACGACCCGGUGCGGGCAAUAUCAUCAAACGCGCGUCUCCGCAGCAUUCCCAGCCCCAACAACAUCAGCAGCAGCAGCAUCAUUCGAUCGAUAAGACCCGUCCGUUACCAUCAACACUGCGCAUGCAAUCACCACAAAAGCUACGCGAACGCCUCCAAGCCGAGCAGCAGGCAAUCACAGCUGCACAAAUCUCCCUUCAAGACGAGCUACACAACAUCGGCGAGGAGCUCAGCGCCACGCCCAGCCGUAUGGGGUCUGUCCGUGGUACCAGCAAAGCCGCAGCUCCCACCCCGAACAGCCUCGACCCAGCCCGCAGCAUGGAUCUGACCCAACGAGUCCUCGCCCUCGAAGCCAAACUCCCUCAGAUCACCAGCACAGUCGAGACGCGCCUCUCGGGCAUCGCAGCGGACGUGACCUCCUCGCUCAGUGUCUCCGAGGCGAAAUGCAAACAUCUCGACGAGCUAUACCGCGAGGCCAACGGCGAGAACGAGGCGCUAUACGGCCGCUUCAACGACGAGCUGGGCAAGAUCCUCAAGGCGGUGCGCGGGGGUGAUGGGGUUGAUGAAUUGAAGAGGUUGCUCCGCGAGAGUCAGGAGGAGGUUGCGACAUUGAAGCGCGAGGGCAUGAGGUUGAAGAGGGAGAAUGUAGGGUUGAGGGCUCAGUUGAAGGAGGGUUGA